GCUACAUAGAUACUAAGAGUACACAUAGAUGCAGACAGCAAUUAACCGUGGCAACCAGGGGCUUCGGCCCCUGAGCGAUAGGCGCGCAGUUGCGCAUGCACCUGCUUUUGGCUCGGCUACUUGCAGGCGCUCGUCAGUUCAGGUUUUUGCAAAGGGUAAAGGCAAGGGCAAGACUGCAUUUCGCCAAGGCACUGGCAUGCCAGGGCAAAUGGAGUCUAUCCAACGAGAGAUGCCAGUGCCCGAGGUAGACCCAGAGAACGCGGAGUUCGUCAUGUUCUUCCGCUGCCUCAAGUACAAGAACCCAACGGUCAACGUCAUGGUGGGGCCCUCGCCGUGGAUCCCAGUUACCAUUAUGAAGGGCAGCAACGCGCUGAACUUUGUCACUAAAGCUGUGGAGAACGAGUGGGGCAUGAAGCUCUACGGUCGUACACUGGUCUGGCAGAUCGCCAAGUCCAUCUACCAGGAGCGAGCCAAGCUGGAGAAGGACGUCCGCAAAAGGAUGCCCAACUUCGCCAACGUACCUAGCAGCGACUUCGAGUACGCGUUUAAGAUCCGGGACAAGGCCAACCCCAAGGACUGGGUCAAGGCCGAGGGGCUGACCGUGCUGCCCCCUGAGGAGGAGCUGGGCGCCACCGGGUUCGACCAGCUGAAGGCUUUCUUCUCCCUCGAGAACCUGGCUUCCAUCUUCAAGACACCGGAGCAGCCGCCGCAGCAGCAGCAGUAAGGGCUAGCGCUGGGGGAGAGGGAGAGAGCAGAGGCCGCAGAAGCAGGACCUGUGGUCCUGGGGGCAUUCUGCAGGCGCUGCGCAGUUGAGCGGGACAGCAGCAGCAGCAGCAACAGCAAUGAGUACUCCGGAGCUGGGGAGGACAUGUUUGGCAGAUAACCGACGCAGGCGCCGGAAGCCGCAUCCUGGGGAGCUUUGGUGGCACGUCGCUAAGCAGCGGGAGUGGCAGCAGCAGCGGUGUCAGCGCGGCAGCUGGCAGUACUAGUUCGUACUGCCAACUAGUGAUAUGGGGACUCUGCGUGAGCACAGGGUCGACGAUGGGACUUAACUGGGGACGUCAAGCCGCCACACAGCCUCUCUGACAGGGCAGGCGGCGGUGCAGCGCUACGGGAGCGGUGGUCUCAGCAGUUGCAGCGGUAGCGGCAGCAACAGGAGCUGUGGGUACUGCAUGCAAGGGGGCUGGACAUGGGGUGUGGGGCGUGUGCAGUCCUUACCCGUGUGCGUCCGGGUCGUGGAUUUCUGGCCGAAGGGGACUCUCACGGCGGAGUGGGGGCGUGUGAGACAGCUUGGUGAGAGAGGAGCAGCAGAAGCGGCAGAGGCGGUAGCAGCAGCACGGUUGAGGGGAUUCCCACACAUGCGGGGGUUGCCUCAUACAUGGGAGUGAUAUGCGUACAGGGGUGGUGAUGCAUGCAUGGGGUUGUUCCUAGGGCGGCUGUGUGGCAGCGGGAAGGGUGCUGGGGUGCUCGACACGACGGAGGUGGCACACGGGCCCACAGGCCUGCGAGGAGUGGGAGACAGUACGUACGGGGGCUGGUGCUUCAAGCCAGGCGUGAUAGGUAAAAGGCACGCACGUCGGGAGUUGGGCCCUUGGCAGCAUGAGAAGAUAAGACGAGAGAGUGGAGUAGUUUUGCGCUGCGCAUGAGUUUUGGACGGGUUGCGUCAUGCAAGCGGCGGCAACAUUUGCGGAGUUGGUGUGUGUGGAGACACGGAGGCUCUGUGCAAAGUGGUUUCGAGUUUAGAGUGCGGGAGUUGGUUGUGAUGGGGGCAGCAUGGCUCGCCGAAUGGCGGGCUAGCUUCCUUCGUUUGGGAAGCGGUGUUGGGGGGCGGGAGGUGGUGGUUUUAUAGUUGGGUUACACACGCAUGAACCAGCGCCACUAUUGGUUCACGACAGUCGUCCUUCCAGGAUGGACAGGCAGCGGAAACCAUGACAUCUGGCUAAUCGGCUACUAACCCCUUACGGACAUGCAGUAGAGUGGUUGUUUUCAUCUGCUGUCAUUUGCACAGCCUCUUGCGGCGCUACAGCAUCACCCCCCGCAACAAAUAUGGCGUGGGCACCCCAUCCCAGCUAGCAAUGUGCAAACUAGGGGCGGUUACCCC